CGCUUCUCUUCCCCAUCUUCGCCGCCCUCUCCCGUCCGCUCUCUUCCCCAUCCGUCGCCUUUACCGUUCUUGGCUUCUCAUAAUGGCGUUGCCAAACCCAUUUCGUCGCCGAACAGAGAACACUAAACACUGUUGGGGCUAUACAUUCGAAUGGACUAAAGAUCAUUUUACCCCGGAGCAAGCGGAACCUCUUAAGCAUUCAUACGAUGUUCUAGGAGAGGAAUGUCUCGACCGUCUCAACGUCAUUUCGCCACCCCAGUCCGGCACACUGCCAAGGAACAAUAGCCAGCAACAAGCUCCAGAACUCAAAGAAACAAAAGAAGAGAAGAAGGAAGAGCUUCCACUGCCUCAACGAGAUCUAUUUGUUCUUCUCAGAGACCACCACGAAUCAGACCCUAAGCUUCACCAACUUUGGGAAGAAGUGAGUACUGUCCCGGCCUGGGUAAAUUGGGUGCAGAUAGGAAGAGGUCAAGAUGUUUUCUAUCGAUACGGAGGCCCAGCCCUCACUGGACUUACAUAUCAAUCUCUGCUCGGAGGCAUGGGCGCCGCUCGUGUUGUAGAGACCCUCGCACGAACGGGCGGAUUCUCAACCAAGGUGGCGAGAAGAAGACUUUUCGAAACGACACAACACAUACUACAGUGUACAAGGUCGCUAGACUCCAUCAAGCCAGGAGGGGAUGGAUGGGCCUCUUCUAUUCGAGUCCGUCUUCUACACGCUGCCGUUCGUCAACGCAUCAUGAAGCUCGCCAAACAGCGACCAAGCUACUUCAAUCUCGAAGAAUGGGGCGUACCGGUCAAUGAUCUUGACCAGAUAGGCACUGUUACUACAUUUUGCGCGACGCUCAUAUGGCUAAGCUUCCCGCGACAGGGCAUCUUCCUACGGGAACAAGAGAAGGAAGACUACGUGGCCCUGUGGCGGUACAUAGGUUAUCUUCUCGGCACGCCGACCGACCACUUUGAAACCACGACUAAGGCAAAGGCAACCAUGGAAUCACUCCUCUAUAACGAAGUGCAUCCGUCGGACAUGUCGAAGGUGCUUGCCAACAAUAUCAUCCAUUCCCUGGAAGGACAACCUCCAACUUACGUCUCUCCGGAUAUGCUCAUUGCCAGUGCGAGGUGGCUGAAUGGCAAUGACCUCGGCGAUGAGCUCGGACUCCCGCGAGUAUCUUUCUACUACUGGUCCUUAAUGGCCGGACAAUGCGUCUUCUUCAUGGCAUUAUGCUACUUUUACCGCGUCUUACCGUGGCUCGACCGAGGGCAUAUCGAUCGACUGAAGAGGAUAUUUUGGGUGGUUAUUGUCGAUGCCAAGCACGGACUCGCUGGCACGGAGACGCUCUUCGAUUUCAAGUACGUGCCGCAGUAUGAUACUGUUACUGAGAUGGGCGCGCCGAGAGAAAUCAAUCUCAGAAGUUCGAGUGUCGAGACGAGAAACCUGAGGACGCUGGGAAUAUUCCUUGGAGUGGUGGGUCUGGGUACUUGGGUCUCGUUUAGGGUGACUUCUAGCAUCAUAAGUAAAAUUUGGUAGUGAGAGUUAGCUUUCAGUCCCUAAUACUAGGUGAUUCACG